UAUCAUAAUUUUUCUUUACAGCUGAUUCGGCAUAAAAAUCUUCUUUGAAAAGAAGAUUUGCUGAUUGAAGGAUGGCAGAAGCAGUCCUGAUUGAUCUCUCUGGUUUAAAGUUGAACUCUGAGAAAAACUGCCAUCAGACCUUACUGAAGACACUAAAUGGCAUCCACUCCCACCACGCUCCCAAGGCCAAGUUCCGCUGCGUUAUAUGUUGCAGUAAUGCCACCAAGGAAGGGCAUGGUGAAUGGGGUCUCUGUGGAUUGGAAACAGGAAGUGGAUUUUCACUUCUCAUGGGAGAAUUUGAAACUGUCAGCAACGCCAGCAUGGCUGCCGCUUUGUAUUCAAUUAAACAAAAAAUUGAUGAAAAAAAUCUGAGCCGUGUUAAGGUGAUUGUACCUGAGCACAGGAAAGCAUUACUGAAGGCGUUUAUUGGUCAGCUCUUCACAGAGGUGUAUGAUUUUGAGUUUGAAGAUUUAGAGGUAGCUUGGAGGGAUAGCCUUUUGAAACCGCCCACCGAAAUAAGUGUGACGGCAACUCAGAAAGUAGAAGACGUCCAGAGUGAAAUAGAGACGUGCUUGAGAAGCCUGCCUCCUCUGAAAGGGGGCGUGACUAUCAUCACAUCGCCCUUGAUCCCAGACAUCUUCAUACAUGGAUUUACCACAAGGACAGGUGGCAUAUCUUAUAUACCAACUCUCAGCUCGCUCAAUCUUUUCAGUAGUUCCAAACGGAGGGAUCCCAAAGUAGUUGUUCAAGAAAAUCUACGUAGGUUGGCAGAUGCCGCAGGAUUUAAUGCAGAAAAGUUUUACCGAAUAAAGACUGACCACGCCAAUGAAGUGUGGGUCAUGGGGAAAAAGGAGCCUGAAUCUUAUGAUGGCAUAAUCACAAAUCAGAAAGGCGUCACAGUCACAGCUCUGGGCGCUGACUGCAUACCGAUCGUCUUUGCAGAUCCUGUGAAAAAAGCAUGUGGGGUUGCUCACUCUGGCUGGAAGGGUACUUUGUUGGGUGUAGCUAUGGCUACUGUGAAUGCUAUGAAAGCAGAAUAUGGCUGCAAUUUGGAAGACAUUGUUGUUGCUCUGGGCCCUUCAGUUGGACCUUGCUGCUUCACUCUUCCCAAAGAGUCAGCACUCUCAUUUCAUAACCUGCAUCCUUCGUGUGUACGACAGUUUGAUUCACUGAAUCCCUUUGUUGACAUCCGAAAAGCCACCAGGAUUCUUCUAGAACAAGGAGGAAUUCUUCCACAGAAUAUUCAAGACCAGAAGGAAGAUCUUGACCUCUGCACAUCCUGCCAUCCAGACAAGUUUUUCUCUCACGUCCGUGAUGGCCUCAACUUCGGUACACAGAUUGGCUUCAUAUCCAUUAGAGAAUGAGGUUCUUGACUGGAAUUUUGCAUAAACGUUUCCUGCAUCCUUCCACACUGACUGCAAAAGAAAGUUUUAGCUUCUUGAUCUAUAUAAAACCAAGAGGAUUACAGAAGAGAAUUCAUCUUCAGGAUAUACUUUCUGUUACCCAAAGCCCAAUGAUCCUGGCUUAAUUCAUGACAACCCUUGAACGAAUCAAUGUGGUGUAAUUCCUAAAGUUUGUUCUCAGCGUUUAUCUAUAAAUCAAGACGA